UCGCAGCGUCCCCGCACGCGGGUGGCUGAGCCGCCUGCUCCCCGAGGGCUCGGGUGGCCCGGGCCCAGGCCCCGCCGCCGCCGCCGCCCCCACCCCGCCGCUCCCCGGGGCGCGCGCCCGGGCCGGGUCCCCGCCCGCGCCGCCGCGCGGCUCCGGAGCUGGCAGCGGUCAAGCUGCGGGCGCCGCGGGGCGGAGGUGCUCGCGAGGCGGGCGCGGAGCACUCCCGCGCGGGCCACUCGGAGCCAGAGUCCUUGGCCGGGAAACUUCCGCGGCGCCGGGCCGCAGCUCCACGCAGGGCCAGGGACGUAAAGGUGGGCACGAAGACAUAGAUUCUGCCUCCGUCAUUGCAAUGAGAUACUAAAUGGGGAAGUUGGCAGAUAAACACAAUUCCUGAGUUCAUCUUCAUCCGUUUGCACCAGGAAAUAGUGAAAUGUUUGUGGACUAGAUCUGCAUCAGAAGCCCAGAUGAAUUUAAAGAAACUAGCUAAGAUUCUUAGUUUUUCAAGAUCCGGACACACCAGAGCUUUAACCACCACAAACUCCAGUGUCCAGAUUUUCUCUGGUUUUGUGAAGAUUGAGCCAAACUCUUAUGAUGGAAAAGCAAAGGACUUAAUUACUUGCUUCAGUAUCAUCUAAAGUCAACUGAAAAGUGCACCAGACAGUAAUACAGCCAUGGAAAGAAAUUCAAGCUUGUGGAGGAGCCUGACGGACGAACACCCAGUGUGCAUAACCUGGAAGCAAGAGGCAGAAGGGGCCAUUUACCACCUUGCCAGUAUUUUAUUUGUAGUAGGUUUCAUGGGUGGCAGUGGAUUCUUCGGGCUCCUUUACGUCUUCAGUUUGCUGGGGUUGGGUUUUCUCUGUUCUGCUGUCUGGGCCUGGGUAGAUGUCUGUGCAGCUGACAUAUUUUCCUGGAAUUUUGUACUGUUUGUCAUCUGCUUCAUGCAAUUUGUUCAUAUUGCAUAUCAAGUUCACAGCAUAACCUUUGCCCGAGAAUUCCAGGUGUUGUACAGCUCCCUUUUCCAGCCCCUGGGGAUCUCUUUGCCCGUCUUCAGAAUGAUUGCUUUGAGCUCUGAAGUGGUUACUUUGGAGAAGGAACACUGUUAUGCCAUGCAGGGGAAAACUUCCAUUGAUAAACUCUCCCUGCUUAUUUCAGGAAGGAUCAGAGUGACGGCUGAUGGAGAGUUUCUGCAUUACAUUUUCCCCUUUCAGUUCCUGGAUUCUCCUGAGUGGGAUUCCCUGAGACCCACAGAGGAAGGCAUUUUUCAGGUAACCCUCACAGCAGAAACUGAUUGUCGAUAUGUGUCUUGGAGGAGAAAAAAAUUAUAUUUGCUCUUUGCUCAGCACCGUUACAUCUCCCGCCUGUUUUCGGUUUUAAUUGGCAGUGACAUUGCAGAUAAACUCUAUGCCUUGAAUGACAGAGUCUAUGUAGGAGAAAGAUACCACUGUGAUAUUCGGUUACCCAACUUCUAUCACAUGUCAAGUACAGAAAUUCGCAGACCACCCCUGACAGAACAUUUCUGGAAUUCCAGACGAUAUUGUGAUAAAUGAUAUCAUAGUCUGAAGUUGUACAGCUAUUUAAAAAAAAGACUCUUCAUCAUUCCCCAAAUUAAAUAGCAAACUACAGAAAAUCGAGCUCACCCGUAUUUUUAUAAAGCAAACCCAGAGGAGAGAUGCCAUUGCCAGCUCUUUUGUUCAUCUCAACUUCUGCAUCGUGAAUAAAUUUUACAAAUUUUUCUUG